AUGCAUCAUAUGGGGUUAAAUCACUGUCUCUAUAAUACUAAUUGCAUGUACUGUCAACAAACCACCAGCAAUCACAGUCGCGAUUCGAUGGAGGUAUCUUGUGAAGUGGCAAAUCGAACUGCUAACAUUAUGUCAAAACGUGAUGUGAUGGACAACAUAUUCGAAUUUAGCGACCCUAAAACAAAUACAAACCUUGGUCUUAUCCCCACACACACUACUGUGCGUGGAAAGCCAGGCCACACCCUGGCAUUGUCGUUUCCUCUAGUCACUCCCAGCCCGAGGAGUUGCGAGUGA